AUGACAAGUGAGGUGGAAGGGUUACAGAUAAGGAAAUCGGGGAAGUGGAUUCCGGUUAAACCACUACCAGAUUCGUUUGUGGUCAACGUUGGAGACAUGUCGGAGAUUGUGACUAACGGGAUUUACCGCAGCACUUACCACCGAGCAACUGUUAACUCGAUGAAAGACCGACUUUCUAUGGCCACCUUUUACAGCCCCAAUCUAGACAGUGAAAUGGGUCCUGCACCAAGCCUUGUUACUCCAGAGACUCCAGCGCAAUAUAGGAGAAUAAGGGUUGCGGAAUUCUUGAAGGGAUAUUUUUCACGUGUACUCGCUGGAAAAUCAUAUAUUGAUGUCAUGAAGAUUCAAAAUGGAGGCGGAGAAGACAAUUGA